AUGAGCUCGGAAGAUGAACUCGCUACUUAUGACGCGACAUCAACACCUUACCGCGUCGAGAUAUACGAGGAUGUGAAGAGGAAACGAGCGAAUGGACGCACCGCAGUAGCUGGUCCGUCUUCAAAGCCUGCAAGCAAAACACGUUCAAAUACGCAAAAGCGGACUCCUACGCCUGAAGAUGAUGAUGAAGGAGCGCGUGCAAGCGACGAUGCUGCUGCGAUAGUCGUAGACCCACCCGCACCCGCACGAAAGAGGGGCCGACCUAAACGCGCCGCAUCGCGCGAACCCGAACGGCCAGGAAAUUCAAAGGCAGCGAGGUCCAUUCGUGAGAAGGGUAAAGGAAAGGCAAGGGAUGAUGAUGUACGGGAACCGUCUCCGGAAGUGAUGGAUAUCGACAAUCUUGAGGAGAUUAGGGCGGAUGAGGAGGACGAGCCGCAAGAAACUUCACGACCCCCGACUCAAUCGUGGAACCUGAAGGGAAAUCGACAAGAUGGGGAGAGUGCCGCAUGGAAGAAAAGAGAGGAGAAGCUUAGGAGAGAAAUAGAGCGAUUGCAGAAACGUUAUCAAGAUGUUCAAAUGCAAAGAGAUAAUCUUGCGAAUGAAUUGGAGGAAACAUUCCAAGUGCGAAAUACAGAAGCUGAGUUACAUACCGAGCAACAGGCUGCUGUAUAUGAAAGUCGGCUCCAGACUCAGGAGGAAAUGAUUCAAGAGCUCACAUCCCAGCUUGCCCGAGUUGAUGCACUUACAAGAGAGGGGAAAACGUCUACUUUGCACUUCCUCACUCGUGAAGCUGCCGAUGAGGAACGGAGAGGCGUUGAACGACAGGUGGAGAAGCUUAAGCAAGCUUUGAAGGAAAAGGACAGGGUUAUUGGCGAGAAAGAUGCGACAAUAGAUGGGCAGGCAGGAGAAAUUCGUGAACUGCGGAGAGAACUAGCUGCAGAGAUUGAGCGAAGUAAAACAUUGGCUUCUUCGCGUCCCAAUGGCCGAGAAGCUCUCCCUCGAUCGCGUAUUGUUUCUGGUCCCAGCUCUGGCGUGAAACUUGAUGGUGUCAAGGCAACAAACGCGCACAAGUUAUACGAAGACCUAACAAAUAUCUUAAUACUCGAUUUGAGAUGCGAAAUAUCUGCUGAUACGAACGAAGAGCAAUGGGUCUAUAGCUGCCUUUACUCACAUUCUGGCACCGACUGGAGCCUUGCAUUCUCACUUCGGACAUACUUUGAGAUAGGGGAGGAUGGGGAGAGCGUGGAGAAGGUUGCAUAUACCCCAAAGGAGAUGAGCGAUAAAUCACCAGAGUCGUUAGAGAAGCUUGACUUCCUAGCGGAGGAGUUCACGUUUCAUCGUAAACAGCUCGAUGUCUUUUUGGACAAGUUGUAUACGGUUAUGAACGAAGCAUUUGGAUCUGCAGAGAUCUAG